AUGGCCCAGGUGAAGGUAGCGGGAGAGAGUGUGAGGAUCCACCAGGACAGCACGGAUCUUUACUCCGACAUGACUACUGUCAGCUCCAGUGCAGAUAUAGGAGAGUCGGUGAGGAAGGGGACAUUGUGCGAGACCUCCGUGGCCGUAGGAUUCAAUAGACGGAGCAGAGCAUACCCCUCCCCAGCCAGAAGACGCCACCGCACCACCUUCAGCCACAAACAGCUGGAGCAGCUGGAAGUGGCGUUUGGACAAAAUCAGUAUCCUGACAUCUACUACAGAGAGGAGCUGGCUCGAAUCACUAAACUCAAUGAGGCUCGCAUACAGGUGGGAUGGUCUUCAUGUUAG